UGAUUCUGCAUUUCCUGGGAGGAGGGCUGCAUUGUUUACAAUGCAGCCCUCCUCCCUGUCAGUUUGGGCACACUGCUCAGAAUGGCUGAGCACAGCCAUCCCAAUCAUUGUGCUUAUAGUGAAGCACACACCCCCCGCCCCCUAGUAAAACACUCCCAUCACACAGUUAACCCUUUGAUCGCCCCAAAUGUUAACCCCUUCCUGCCCAGUGCCAUUAGUACAGUGUCAGUCCUUUUUUGUAGCACUGAUCACUAUAUUGGUGUCACUGGGGAUGUCAGUGACACCAAGUUAGUUCCCCCCAGUGUCAGAAUGUCCGCCGCAGUCCCACUAGAA